UUUGGUGCAGGCACACUCCCUGCAGAGACAAAGAAGGAAAUCUGGUAACUGACACAGAUAGCAUACUGAGGAUAUGGAAAGAACAUGUUACCCAACUGCUAGUGUCCGACGUUGGCGGCGAAGAGGAUACCGCAGACCCAAUCAAUGAUGAUGGUAUAGAAAUUUUGCCCUCUAGUCAGAAUUAGGUCCAAGUAGCAGUGACCCGACUAAAGAACAACAAGGCAGCAGGAACCGACCGGUUACCCGCUGAACUAUUUAAGAUCGGAGGCGACACGCUGAUAAGGCGUAUGCAUCAGCUUAUCUGCACAAUAUGGCUAGAAGAACGCAUACCCGAUGAUUGGAACCUCAGCAUACUAUGUCCCGUACACAAGAAAGGAGAUAAGACGGAAUGUGCCUCCCCAUCGCAUACAAGAUACUCUCGAGCGUACUGUGUGAAAGAUUAAAACCUAAAGUCAAUGCGAUAAUAGGUCCCUACGACGACAUCGACAUCAUGGGUCGGUCAUCGGAAGUAGUAACUGCAGCCUUUGAAAGAAUCGAAAGAGAGUUAGUGAAAAUGAAUCUGGCAGUAAAUGGAAACGUAAGACGAAAUGGAUUGAUUCAACUCCCAAAACGCCUCGUACAACCCAGUAGAUAAAGAAAAUGGAGAAAGUUGGGAACCACAACUUUGAGAUAGUCAGCAACAUUAUCUACCUCGGCACCGCCGUAACCGAAACGAAUGACACCAGUUUUGAGAAAAAGCAAAGAAUAAUACUGAAUAUGGAUUCAAACCAUCAACUUCUCCAGCUCUUAAAGGAGCUAAAAGGGGAAAAGUUUUACCAAAUUUUUGCAGACUGCCAAAUUAAUGUUGAGGCUUUAAAGGUCAUGAGUAACCAACAUUUGGAUCAACUUAUACCGAAAAAUUUGUUUGGUCCACGUAUUAUAUUUGAAUACCAUUUAAAGAAAUGGCAAGAGAAUCAGACUAUCGCCGAGGAGCCAAAAGAUCCCCUGGAAAGUGCCAUUGAGACUCCGGUCGAACAGGUUGAACGAAAACCCAGACCAAUUCCUAAAUUAAUUAUGCCCAAACCAGCAAUUACCAUACAUGAUAACUAUGAACCCGAAUCAACUUCAAAUGAUCCAAUUGAGAAUUGCAAUGCGAUGCCAUCAAAGUCAGAGAUAACUAUGGAGGAUGAAGAAUCCAUGGAUUUAUCAUGCCCCACAGAAUCAUCGCCAUCACAGUCGGAGGAUGAGGAUAAUAACAAUGAUGAUGCUGGUGAUGGUAAUGGGGAUGACUUAAGUUUACUCGAGCCCUUACAUUCAACAUCCAGCCAGAAAUCCAAAACUGAUGUCGACAUAACAAUCAUCGAUAUCUUAAAGCUUUCGUUUAAUGGCAAACAAGUUUUGACAUAUUAUGCGAAAAAUUCCGUUUUGACUCCAAAAAUGAGAAUGCUGUUGGCUGGCUGUUUGGUUGAGUAUCUGGUCGAGAAUAAAAUCGUACCGACUCGUCAAACUAUAGAGGCUAUGGCGGGGAAUAUAGUCAAGUGCUUUAAAACAGAAAGCAAGGAUAUUUAUUUUGUGCCCCUAAAAGGCCGAAAGCCAGGUGGCAUUUUAUACAGCAAAUACUACAACUAUGCCCAAAAAUUAAAAAAAGUUGGCUGUUACGAUGUCUCGGAAUUCGCCAAACUUAACUUUAAAUUUUCCCAAGACGAGAAUGAAAACUCCGAGGAAUCCGAUGCCAUAUUGUUGACGCCAUUACUCAAAUCGUCAUUUGAGCUAAAGUUACCCAUAGAAAAAAUCCUAAGAAAGAGCUACGUUGGCCGUCAAAUAGUGAAGCAUUAUAACCAGAAUGGCAGCCUAUCACAGAAACAAACCUAUAUUAUCUCCAGCUGUAUUAUCAGCUAUAUGUUUGAAAAUAAAAUCAAUGCAAGACCAGAGGAUUUUGAAGUCAUAGCCAAUAACAUAGUCAAAUUGUUUCCCACUGAGUCGAAGGCCACUUAUUACACAAAAAAGAAAGGACGAAAACCUGGUGGCAUUUUAUACAGUAAAUAUCACAAUACUAUUUUCCAACUCAGAAGAAAAGGAAUGGAAGAUAUCGUGUUGCCACUGUGCAAAAGACAGCGUCUUUCAACGCCCGCAAUUAGCGAAACAGAUCAGCAAGCUAAAGACCGUUUAUGGCUGCAACAAUAUUUGAAACCUAUGGAUGAGAUUAUGCAGAAAUGGAAGUCUACUCAUGCCAUAAGACUGGCGUUUAUUGAACAAAACAAUCUAUCAAAGAUUCUGGAGGAGUGGCCUUUGUACCGUCAUACUUUCGGGCAUAAAUUGAUUCAAAUGGACUUCUCAAUGAAAAGCCCCACGACAGCCAAUAACUUGUACACCAAGUGGGAGCACUUCAGUAACGUCAUCAUGUGCCUACUAAAAGAUGUUUCCGAUCAUGAGAUUGUAGAGUUGCUGAAAGAUUUCUAUGAAACACAGCAUGAUCAAGAAGUCAACAAUUGUGUCAUUUUUUAUGCCAUCCAUUUCAUUAUCAAACCAACUGCCCGCAACAUAACCCAUGAUCCGGUGACCAAUGAGCGCAAAAACGCCAAAGUCACCAUGCAGGAAUCGCGCAACUCAUUCAUGAUUCUCUGCCAAACCCAAAAGGAAUUGCUAUCGGUGAUCGUUCAAAUGAAGAGUGACAGUGAUUGCAAUAAUGAAGCAUUCCCUCCCAUAAUCGGCUGUGUGGGCGAUUCCAUUUAUCAGAUAACCCAAUAUUAUGUCUUCUACGAUGAUGUGUGCUAUGAAUUUGGCGAUAUUCUGAGUUGCAUCGAUGCUGCUUUUAAAAUAUUUCAGAUUUUAAAAAUUCCCUUUCCCAAACAGUGUAAGAGUGUUUGGUAUUUCAUACAAGACUACUUUUUCGAUAUGAAAUUGCCGAAUGACGAGAAAACCUCUUCGUUGACAGCACUUUUUAACGAUCUUAAAGUAUUAUCUGUUUAAUGUACUAUUUGUUUUUGUUAAAUUAUUGUAGUUUUGAAAUAAUUUUAUGUUUU